AAGAAAAUUAUUUUAUCUUGUUUUAUUGUUAUAAAAUGACAUUCACUUCUUGUCUGGAAACAUCGGAGACUGUCACAUCUAAUGUUCCGGCUGAAUGCAACGUGGCAGCUGGUAGACAACUUAAGUGCGCGCUAGAUUUCCCGCCAAAACGGCGCCAUGAAAAUCUCGUCGUUAAAAUCUCAAUGAAUCUUCGAGGAUCUAUGUGGUUGUUCGCUUUCCUAGCGGUGCUGUCACUUUGCUCAGCCCACAUCGGCGGUAUCCAGAAUCUUCAGAAUGUGAAACCACUUCAGACCUAUUGCGGCAGAAAACUGGCCAGAUAUCUUGCAGUGCUCUGCUAUGACGAAGACGUUGAGAAGAGAUCUGAAACUGACUCUGGAACUAUGUAUAAGGCCAUCCUGACUCCGUACUACAAAGAUCAAGACGCCCAGCUCGGCUGGCCAUGGCUAAGUCCUCACAAGGCUCGAGGGUUGGGUGUACCGACCAGGGGUAAGCGGUUCAUCAUCACUGAAUGCUGCAAUAAAGCUUGCGGCGUUGAAGAACUCAUGACUUAUUGUUAGAUUAACCAAAAACAGGCGCUAUGGUACUUUAUUAAUAUACUUCCUAUAAAGUGUAAUAAAUAAAAUUUUAAAGUA